AUGAUAAAGCCUACAGUCUCAAAGCUUGUCUUGUUCUUAUCCUUCUUGGUAACAAAGAGCUGAGCGACCCUUACUCUUCCUCAUCUGUCUUUUGCCAUUACGUGCAUUACUCAUAACCUUCUUCAUUGUAGAUGCUCGCAGGAUCACUCGGGUUUGUGCUUUACGUGUGGCAUUCCACCCUAAACCAGGUGGGGCAACUGGUGAUGGAGGCCUCUGAUGAUGUCCACAAAGCAGCCCUAAGAACAGCCCGUGACAGGACCCUGUCUUUGUUUCACCACAUGAAUGCCUCUUCCUCGAGCCUUGCCAAGGUCUUCAGCAACAAUUCCUUUUCUGCCCCCGAUCAGCAGGUGCUCGACUAAAUGUUCUCUCUCUUCUCUCUCUCUCUCUCUCUCUCUCUCCUGAAUGCGAAUAUUUUGCUUGAUAUGACGCAGGUGUCUCGUGCUCUGUUUCUCACGUACAUGGCAUUCUACCCCAUUGUGACCCAAGUAUCGUUCUUUCGAGAAGAUGGCCUCCUCUUCUCAUAUUUUGGCCAAGGAAAUGGCACAACUUCUGCGAUAUUCUCAAACGGAUCAGCUUCUCAUAGUGGCUCCUCAGUGCCCUCUUGCUACUAUUCUCAAGUUGUGGAUCAUGACACUGGAACCCACGUGGGGAACCCAGUUGCUGCAAGUGUGGUUCCCAGUACUACUACAUGGCUCAAUGAUGCCUUCUCUCAUACCUUCAGUUUCAUUUCCUUGGGGUCAAAGUGGAAUGAAGCUAAGGAUCGUCUAAUCCUUGUCACAGCUCCCGUGAAGGUCAGGGGUUUGGAAAAGACUCUUUCUGCAAUCUUAUCUCUCGGCAUUUCUGUACAAGGUCUCGUGGAUAUGAUAGACAUUUUGGGAGCUCAUGGUGGGAGCUUUUUCUUGGUCACGGACGAUGGUCAAGUCCUACAAAAAGGCGGAAUUAUUCCAAAUGGCCUCCUCUCCCUUGACAAUGGAACACUUUCUAUCCACAUAGAGAGCCCAAAAAUGGGUAACUUCGCAAAGGAGUCUGCCGUUUCUUGCAAUGCUGGAAAUGGCUUUGUUGAUGUCACCAUAUUGGAUAUUGGCGGCCAAUCAUUCAAGUUCUAUUGUGCUUCUCUUCACGUUGGAAUAAAUGUGGUGCGUAUAUUUCACUUGAUAGCAGCCAUGCUCGAUGCGUAGUAUUAUGUGUUUCUCAGUUAAUGAUAAUCACUUGAUGUCUUUGAUCUCGGUAUUUGUAAGAUGUGCUAAUUGAUUGCCUUAAAGCCUCUAGGUUACUUGCCUAUUAUUAAGCACUGUUUCAUUACAUGACUAAUUUUUUUUCGAAUGGAUUUAUUUAAGUUGUCUUGCUUCUGGAUUUUUGUGUUUUGUGGAGGUUGCUUAAAUUCAGCAUGUGAACAAUGUCUAUCGUUGUCACUGUCUAUUAACCACAAGUGAUUCAUAUAAUCACUAAAAGAGUCUAAAACCACAUUUUUGAUUGAAUUGCUUAUUUUCCUUACUACAUACAUGCACAUCUGUACAUAACCAAUGCACAGAUCGGCAGACAGAGAAAUAGUUUUUUCAACAGAUGCAUGUAUGGACGAAUACAUGUUUAGAAUCCUUCAGAAAUUUCAGAGGGAAAUGUUUCAUAGCUGUGAUUUAAUUUCAGCUUCAAGAGUGGAAUAUAAGGGUAGAGCCUCAAGGAGAAACAAAACGAAUGUUCUGGUUGUUACUAGGAGAAAAAGACAUAAAAUGGUAAUUAUCAUAGCAGAAUCCAUCCGUCAAAUGCGUAAAUACUGGUUUAUCAGUAUUUUUUUUGAUUUUUUAGUGGAACCGGGUGAUAAUCUUAUUUCAUGGUGUUGUCUUUCAUAUUCUUACGGCAUAUUUCGAAUACCAUUAAAUGCUGCUUUUUCAUAGUUUAUAAUUGAUUUGGUCUCCCUAUUUUAUUUUUUUUGAAUAUUAAAUGGGUACUUGUUGAUAGUAAAGUAUAGACUAAAUUUUAGAUUCCUUCCACUAAAUUUUAGAUUCCUACGUGUCACCAUUCCAUGGUUUUGUUUGGAUUGUCCAUAAACAAUUCUUUUGAUAUUGAAUUAUUAGCUGAUAAAUUACGGUUUGUAAUCAAAAGUUUCUUUAAUUCAGUUGCUAUUACUUGAUAUUGAUCAUAAAUCUUGAACUUGUCUUUUUUUUUUUUUAGGUUUUUGUGCUAGCCUUCCCACAUGUGAGCUUGAUUAGUCAUGCCCACAAGUUCGGCACCAUAUCAUAUUUUCUCUUGUUAUCUGUUCUUUUUAUGGCAGUGGUUACGUGUGUCCUCGUAUUCCAAUGGAUCAUAAAAUAUCAAAGACGAGAUACAUUCCUCCAUUCCUCUCUAAUCAAACAGAAGGAAGCAACUCAACAAGCGGAGAGGAAAAGCAUGAACAAGAGCUUAGCAUUUGCUAGUGCAAGUCAUGAUGUUCGCACUUCUCUUGCUGGUAUUAUAGGUCUAAUAGAGCUUUGCCAAGCAGAGGUCUCCCCGCAUUCUGAACUAGACAAAAAUCUUGACCAAAUGAACGUCUGUGCGUCAAAACUUUAUGGUCAGUAUGGAGAGAGAUUUCUCUUGAUAUUAUUAUAAAUGAUGUGCAUCAUUGUCAUAUUUUACAUGUUUAAGAAAUAAUGAUAUGUUUGAGAAAUUUUAUACUUCAAUUGUAUUAUACUGCCUUCUGGGAUUAUUGUGUCUUUGCAAUUGUGAUUCCCCUCAGAUAAUCAUCCCAGCAAUGCAUCACUGUCGGAUGCUUUUCCUGGGGACAUGGAUUUCUGUUCAUAGUUUUCAUCUUUUAUGUGCAUAAUGAGAUGUAAAUUGAGCUGUACUUAUUCAACUUGGUAGUAUAUAUAAAAUCAACCCCAUUUAUAUCCAACUUGUGGAUUCAACUUAACUAUAGUCUCUCAUUCGGAUGAUUGUUUCUCUGAAAAUGUUGACUCCCCUCCAACAAUUGCCUUCUUCAUGCGUUUUUGUUUUCAGGGAUAUUGAAUUCUGUGCUUGAUAUGAGUAAAGUGGAGGCUGGAAAGAUGCAGUUAGAAGAGGCAGAAUUCGACAUAGCAAAAGUGAUCGAAGAGUCCGUUGAUAUUUUUCAUAUUGUUGCUCUGAAAAAGGGUCUGGAGGUGAUCUGGGAUCCUUGUGACGGCUCUGUUCUGAGUUCAUCCCGUGUUAAGGGAGAUUCCGGACGGCUCAAGCAGAUUCUCGACAACCUACUAAGUAAUGCCGUCAAGUUCACACUUGAAGGGCAUGUUUUGGUUCGAGCCUGGGCCCGGCGGCUAAACUUGGAAGCUCUCACAAACCCACAUGCUUACGACUGCAAUUUCUCUACCGUCCCGAGUCUUCUGUCUUGCUUUUCUGUCAAGAACCAAGAUGUCUUUGGCCACUGCAGCUCCAUCUAUUCCGCUGAUUUUGACCCGAACGCCAUUGAGUUCGUAUUCGAGGUAGAUGAUACGGGUGUAGGAAUACCAAGGGAUAAGAGGGAGUCUAUAUUUGAGAACUUUGUUCAAGUCAAGGAGUCGAUGAAUGGACAGGGGGGUACAGGCCUAGGCCUUGGUAUAGUUCAAUCCUAUGUAAGUACAUGAUCUUAUGAAGUUCAUGUUUCGUGAUUACUGCGUAAAUCUUCUGACCCAUUUCGUAUUAUUUUUUUAUUUUUAUUGUUUGAUUCCUAGGUGCGAUUGAUGGGUGGAGAGAUUAACAUCAUAGAUAAAGGAUUGGAUGAGAAAGGGACCUGUUUCAGGUUCAACGUCUUUCUCAAGUCCACCGCGGCCGCUGCCGCCGAGGGGGGAGUCGAGUUUCUCUCUCCUGAGGACCAAGUACCAGCAGACCUACCCAGCUCAAGCGCUUCUGCCUCGGCCUUCCAACGCAGGCACCACCACAGGGUUGUCCAGUCCGGCAGCAGAGCCAUGAGGGGCUUGAAACACGAAGCCACGCAUGGCGUUCUUCUGAUCCAGGGUGAGGAAACGAGGAAGAUCUUAGCAAGAUGGCUGGAGGGUCUCGGAGUUAGAGUGUGGGUCGUCGAUCACUGGGAACUUCUGACCCCAACACUGGAGAAGAUAAAGCAGAAGCCUUCUCUUAGCCACCUGAGCAUCUUCGAAAGGUCUCACGCAGCAGUAGCACCUGGAAUAGGAUCAGAUCCGUCGGCCGCCGAUAAUGCAAGCGAAAUCCAACCAGAUCCUCUUCUGCCACUGAAAGCUCCCGCUGCCAUUCAUGACCCUCACACAAAGAUGACGAGCUUCUCAGGCACAUCAGCAGCUCGUAUCUUGAUUAUCGUCGAUAUGGGUUUUGAAUUCUACCGGAAUUCACAUCUUUCACUGAACAGUCUGCUGAAGAGCAUCAAUCAUAAUGAAUGUAGGGUCGUCUGGCUGGCCAAUUCAAACACUCCCACCGCAGAGAUAGCAAUCCUGAAGAACAAGGAGGUCCCAUGUGAUUUGCUGCUGCACAAGCCCCUGCAUGGCUCUCGUCUUCAGGCUAUUCUGGACCUUCUUCAGGGGUUUGGCGAACCCAUGGAUCCGAUCUUGCCAGAGGUAGGCCGGGGCGUUGUACUGAUCCAUGCAUCCGAUCAAACUCGAUUCUUUUCUCGAUUCACCAACAGCUUCUCUUUCUUUCUCCGGCCAGAAAGGCGAUCCGGAUCUUCCUUUCCACAGGGAUGAUAAGCCGCUGUCUGGGCUGAGAGUCCUGAUUGCCGAAGAUAAUCCCGUGCUGCGUCGCCUGACUUCGGCCACUCUCUCCCGGCUUGGUGCGACUGCUGAAUCAUGCGAGAAUGGGAGAGAGGCCGUCGAGCUAGUUCGAAGGACCAUGCGAGGAGAAUGGUUCCGAGAAGAUGGGGGAGUCGAGAAGCAACGCCAGCAGAGCGGGUGGUUCCUGCGACGUCCUCCGUUUGACAUUAUCUUCAUGGACUGCGAGGUAAUUGUGGUCUCUUAUUCGUCCGUCUGAUUUACUUAAAUAUAAUAUUUUUAUGAAAUUGAGAAAUUGUUGCAAUCAGCAUAGAAUGCUUAUAGCUUUAAGAUUAAUAAUGAAGGGGAUUAUUUCGAUAUAUAUAUAUAUAGUUAUAUUUAUUUAUUAGCUGCCAUUGAUUUCUUGCGCUCUGCAUGUCCCAGAUGCCGAUCAUGGAUGGAUACCAGGCCACAAAGCAAAUCCGAGACGAGGAAAAGCAGCAUGGGUUCCACAUUCCAAUCGUAGCUCUUACGGCUCACGCUCUGGGAGAAGAGGGAGUGGACUUUCGUCAAGCAGGAAUGGACUUCCACUUGAUGAAACCGCUGCAGCCUGCACUGUUGAUGGAUGCAGUUCGUCAGAUUAAUAAAAUCUAA